UUGUACUUGAAAAUAAAUUACUGGAAAAAAUCUGUUUUUGUUGUUAUGUCUACGACGAGCAAUGUGAUCACGACAUCAACAUUUCCAUCAUCAUCAUCAAUGACAAUGACCAAUAAAAAUGAAAAUGAUUAUCAAACAAACAUGAACGGAACAAAUACGUCCAAUAACAACAAUAAUAACAAUGGUUAUGAAUCAUCUUCGAUUAAUAAUAAUACCAAAAAUGACUCAAACAAUGAUUUAACAAAUAAUUCGACUACAACUGCUGGUGGUGAUUCUGUUGCGUCAACAGCUACCAUUUCAGCAACAACUUCCAACAAUCAAUCAUCCAACAACAAUGAUAAUUCAUCCAACAAUAAUCAACAGGAUGAUGUAUGUAGAGAUUAUCUACGUAAUGUUUGUCGCCGUGGUAAAUCAUGCCGUUAUAAACAUCCGGAUAUUAAUGAUACCGAUAUGAUGAAAAACAAAGAGCCAUAUGUAUUUUGUCAUGAUUAUCAAAAUCGUGAAUGUCGGCGAGAUAAUUGCCGAUUUUUACAUUGCACUAAACAAGAAGAGGAAAUAUAUCGUAGUACGGGGAAAUUGCCACCACAUAUACAAGCUCAAUAUCCGUCCGAUGAUCGUAAUGUUGCACCUGUUUGUAAAGAUUAUCUCAACAAUACAUGUCGUCGUGGUCCACGAUGUAAAUAUCGUCAUCCAUUACCGGCUAACGAUUCUUUUCAUCAAUAUGGUCAUCAUCAUCAUCCACAACAACUUCAUCAUCCAUCUUCAGCAUCCAAUCCUGUAGCACGCGUUGGUAAUCAAUUUAAUGGGCGAGGUGGUAAUUAUCCUAAUUCACAUAUGGUCGAUUAUCCUACACAUUAUAAUCGAGCUGGAACAAACAGCGCAACAAUGAUGCCUUCAAAUUAUGGCUCAUAUGAUGGUUAUGCCGAUGCGACACCUCAGAAUAAACGAAAACGUUAUGAUCCACAAUCUUCGAUGUAUCAUCUUGAAAAUAAUGGUCCAUAUUCGGGAGCUUACCAGGAACCACCGCCUCCUCCACUCCCAUCUGGAAAUGUACGAAAUACUUAUGGUGGUACUAAUCCAAUGCACGAUACACCUUAUGGUGCCAGUAGUGCUGCAGGUGGCUACGCGAAUUCACAGCCACCUCGUUCACAACAACCACCAACGAUCGAUUCAUCAAGAUCAUAUCUGGAGGAAGAAAAUGCGGCGCUAAGACGACGUAUUGAUGACCUAAAGAAACAGGUGCAAGAUUUAUUGUCCACAAAUGAAUAUUUACUAGAACAAAUGAAUCAGAUACGUGCAUCUGGACAGGCUGCCGUAGCAGCAGCAUGUGGUGCACCUCAUGGAAACACAUCAGUUGCAUCAUUACAACCGCAACCCACGCCUGGUUCAGUACAAUCAACCGCAUCGAUCGGUAUGUCAGCACCGAUUACUUUACAAGCACCGGCACAGGCAGCCGUUGCAAUUGGUCCAUUACCACCAGUUUCAAUUGUAUCAUCGAUUGCAUCGAUUUCAUUGCCAACCGUAUCGGCACCAGUAACAUUGGUACCGAAUAGUUCGGCAGCCGCCUAUACACCAUCAAUGGCAACCAUGCAUUCUUCAAAUCCGUGGCCUUUAGGUGUCGAUCAAUUACUGAAGAAUGAUCUCUAAGCAAUGAAUUAUGAAAACUAAUUUCGUAUGGCUUUAUCACCGUACGGCUCUAUCGAUCCAUUUCCAUUCAUUUGAUUAUUCAUGAUUAACAUUCAUAUAC